CAUGGCAAUUGGCAACGGCGUGCACUUCCACUUUCACCUUCUGACCUUCUGUUCUCCAUUUCCUCGACCUCCCCGACUAACGCCAUGAACGGCAAGCAGCACCUGCACCAAGGCCGCCAUGGCAGAACUGCCUACCACUUCCAGCCUGCCAAGAACUGGAUGAACGAUCCAAACGGGCCUUUUUACCACAACGGCAUGUACCACUUCUUCUACCAGUACAACCCGCACGGCCCGACAUUUGGCACCGGCAAGCUCUCCUGGGGCCACUCCGUCUCCGGCGACCUCGUGAACUGGGCCUUCCUCGGCACCGCGCUGGACCCCACGUCGCCGUUCGACGCCAAGGGCUGCUGGUCGGGGUCGGCCACGACGAUGCCCGACGGCCGCCUAGCCAUCCUCUACACCGGACUCGACGCCGACGACGUGCAGGUGCAGAACGUGGCCUUCGCCAAGAACCCGUCGGAUCUGCUCCUCCGGGAGUGGGACAAGCCCAGCUUCAACCCGAUCGUCCCCCAGCCCGCGGACAUCACGCGCAACAACUUCCGCGACCCCACCACGGCGUGGCUCGGCCACGACGGCCUCUGGAGGUUCGCCGUCGCCGCCGAGGUCGCCGGCGUGGGCUCCACCGUGAUCUACCGCAGCGCCGACUUCAUUACCUGGGAGCGGAACGCCGCGCCGCUGCACGCCGCGCCGGGCGUCCCCUGCUGGGAGUGCCCCGACUUCUUCCCCGUGGUGGAGCACGGCACGGAGGGGCUCGACACGUCGGCAAACGGCCCCGGGGUGAGGCACGUGCUCAAGCUCAGCAAGGCCGCCAACGAGGACUACUACGUGGUCGGGUGGUACAACGACGGCGCCGACACGUUCUCGCCGGUGGAGGAGGGCGAGCGGGGUGGCGACGUCCGGAACUGGCGCCGGAUCGACCACGGGCACCUGUUCGGGGCCAAGUCCUUCUUCGACGCGCGCAAGAACCGGCGCGUGCUCUGGGCGUGGGUCGACGAGACGGACGGAAGCUCCUACGACGGCGCCAAGGGAUGGACUGGAAUUCAGUCGUUUCCGAGAGCCCUGUGGCUGGACACCGAAGGGAAGCAACUGGUGCAGUGGCCGGUGGAAGAGAUCGAGACGCUGCGGAGGAAACGAGUGGCUUUGUUGGGCAAGGAGGUAGGCUCCGGCGAGCUGCACGAGAUCGCCGGCAUCGAGACCCUGCAGGCGGACGUGCAGGUGGUGUUCGAGAUCCCGAACCUGGAGGACGCCGAGCAGCUCGACCCCAAGUGGCUGCAAGACCCCCAGAAAUUGUGCGCGGAGAAGGGCGCCACCGUGGAGGGCGGCGUCGGGCCGUUCGGGCUGAUCGUGAUGGCGUCGGGCGACAUGCAGGAGCAGACCACCGUCUUCUUCAGGGUGUUCAAGCACGAUGACGCGUACAAGGUUCUCAUGUGCACCGACCUGACAAGGUCAUCGACCAAAGAAGGGGUGCAGAAACCGGUUUACGCAGGAUUUGUCGACGUGGACGUGGAGAAGGACAAGUGCAUAUCGCUGAGAACACUGAUUGAUCACUCUGUCAUUGAGAGCUUCGGAGGUGGGGGCCGGACUUGCAUCACUGCUCGAGUGUACCCUGAACACGUCGCAACAGGCAGCAGUCACCUGUACGUCUUCAACAACGGAUUGCACGCGGUGAAGGUGCCCAAGCUCGAGGCUUGGGAGCUUGCCACGGCAAGCGUCAAUGUUGAAGAUGACGGCCUGAAUGCAUUGCUGCCGCCACUGGUUGUUCCAAUCCUAUCGGAUGACGCUGAAUAGGCGCAAUCAUCGUCACAAGGAGUGAAGCAUGAUUUCAAAUAAAGCCCUAGUUCGUUCCAAUAUGGUUGUGCUGCAGAUGGAUUGUCCUUGGUUAUUACGAGGUCUGGAGUCUGAAAGGUUUACACUUGGGUUAAGUAUAUUGUCUAGAGUUAUCAUACUCAAAUGGAAAUAUUUGUUGCCAGCUGUACGUCCUUUUCUAGUGGGCGCUCCAAAAAUAGGUAAUAGUGUGUCUUUCAAAGUAGGGCUGAUUUUGAAUUACUCCCUCUCCACAGCAAUAUAGCUACUUUUAAAUUUGUUCUAAGUUAAA